AUGGGAGAGACCCAGUCUACGAAUCACGGGCAGGGUCAAGCUCAAUGCACCCUAUCACGGCCAGCUCAUAGUCUUCCAUAUGAAGCUGUCAUCAAGGAGAUAGGCUCCGACACGGAGAAUGGUUUGAACAGCUCGGAAGCCCGGAGACGAUCAGAACAGUAUGGGAGAAAUGACCUUGGGAACACGGAAUCCGUCCAGCCUGCCAAAAUGCUACUCCGGCAGAUUGCAAAUGCUAUGACAUUGAUUUUGACCAUGGCUAUGGCAGUGAGCUUUGGUAUUAAUGCGUGGAUUGAAGGAGGUGUGCUAGCAGCAGUCAUCAUCAUCAAUAUCAGCAUUGGAUUUGUCCAGGAAUACCAGGCUGAGAAGACUAUGGGCUCACUUCGAUCACUGAGCUCCCCAACGGCAUGUGUGGUACGGGAUGGGCGUCAAAUUAUUAUUGCGACUGCAGAAAUUGUACCCGGUGACAUAGUAGAGAUGAAGACUGGUGACACCGUCCCAGCUGAUGUAAGGCUCAUAGAAUCCGUCAACCUGGAGACAGAUGAGGCUCUGCUCACUGGCGAAUCCCUGCCGGUGCGGAAAGAUGCCGACGCAACUUUCAGCGAUGAUACUGGACCUGGUGAUCGUCUUAACAUCUGUUUUAGCUCAUCCAUUGUUACCAAAGGCCGCGCAAGGGCCAUCGUCUUUUCAAUAGGUAUACAUACGGAAAUCGGAUCCAUUGCAGCUGCACUUCGGGCAAAGGGUACGCGGCAUAGGCAUGCAAAGCGUAACCCAGACGGAACUGCUAGUUUUUAUCGCUAUAUUCAGGCUGGCUCUUUAACCGUUUACGAUGCUAUUGGUGAGAUUCUGGGACUAAAUGUUGGGACGCCGUUGCAGAGAAAGCUUUCCAAGCUUGCGCUCAUGUUACUUGGAACUGCAGUCAUCUGUGCUAUUAUCGUUCUUGCUGCAAAUAAAUUCAGCAACCACCAGGAAGUUAUUGUUUAUGCAGUGGCCACCGGCCUAAGUAUGAUACCGUCCUCCUUGGUGGUAGUCUUGACCAUUACCAUGACUGUUGGAACGAAACGCAUGGUGAAAAGGCAUGUCAUUGUGCGAAAUUUGAACUCUUUAGAAGCUCUUGGAUCAGUUACUGGGGAAAAUGGUGGCGCACAAAGCAUGGAUCAUACAAGGAGCAAAGAUACUUCUGAGUGUGAAUAUACCAAAAUAGAGAACGAUCGUCCACUUGAUGAGUUCCUCAAAGUUGCAUCCCUGGCCAAUCUCGCAGUUUUUCGUGAAGCUGCUACUGGAGACUGGGAAACACAUGGGGACCCUACAGAAAUCGCUAUUCAGGUCUUUGCUACUCGCUUCAACUGGAACCGUGCUCAACUAAUUUCUGGAGAGAAACCGGCAUGGACUCAACUUGCUGAGUUUCCAUUUGACUCGGAUGUCAAGAAAAUGUCUACUGUCUUUAAAUCAUCGACGGGCGAUAUGUUUGUCUUUACUAAAGGGGCUGUUGAACGAGUGUUGUCAUCAUGUUCUGCUAUUGAAAGCGUUGACGGUUCGGAGUUGGAAGCAAUAAGCCCCGAGAUCAAGGACAACAUUUUGGCUAAUAUGGAAGCCUUUGCUGCGCAAGGUCUUCGUGUUCUUGCUCUUGCUAGCAAACCACUCUCAGCCAUGGACUGCAACAAUUUAGACCUGGAUCGCAAAGAGGUCGAGCAUGACCUGGUUUUCCGUGGUUUGAUUGGACUUUACGAUCCUCCCCGCCCAGAAUCCGCUCCUUCAGUGCGUCGCUGCCAUGAAGCCGGUAUUUCUGUCCACAUGUUAACAGGCGAUCAUCCCAGCACAGCGAGGGCAAUUGCCACGGAAGUAGGAAUUCUUCCAUCUCAUACCGAUAUGCUGAGUAAAGGCACCCUUGAUUCUAUGGUUAUGACUGCUCAGCAGUUUGAUAAGCUAUCAGAUACCGAGAUUGAUACCCUCCCUGAGCUCCCUCUGGUAGUGGCACGAUGUGCACCCAAUACCAAGACGGGUGACGGAGUUAAUGAUUCACCUUCUCUUAAGAACGCUGAUGUUGGUAUAGCCAUGGGUUUAGCCGGAUCUGACGUUGCGAAAGAUGCAUCAGAUAUUAUCUUGACUGAUGAUAACUUUGCUUCAAUUCUCAAUGCCAUCGAGGAAGGCCGACGUAUAUUUGAUAAUAUACAGAAGUUCAUAUUACACGUUCUCUCCCAGAAUUUCGCACAGGCCAUAGUUCUACUUCUUGGCCUUGUGUUCAAGGAUGCGGAUAAUUUAUCUGUUUUCCCAUUGAGCCCUGUUGAGAUUAUUUGGCUUGUUAUGAUUACUUCGGGGCUUCCAGAUAUGGGGCUCGGUUUUGAGCAGGCGACGAUGGAUAUUAUGCAGAGGCCUCCACAUAGGCGUGGCAUUUUUACUUGGGAGGUCAUGUUAGACAUGGUUGUCUACGGCACCUGGGUUGCUGCGUUGUGUUUAGGAGCCUUUACACUAGUAAUCUACGGCUUUGGAGAUGGUUACCUUGGAACAAACUGUAACAAGGUCUACGAUGGGUGUGAACUAGUCUUCCGAGCACGAGCAACUACCUUCGCAUGCUUGACAUGGUUCGUCCUCUUCCUAGCUUGGGAGAUGGUUGAUAUGCGCCGCUCAUUCUUCAACAUGAGACCCUCAUCUUCAUCGUCCGGUAUCACUCCGCAGUGGUGCCGCGAUAUUUGGCAGAAUCAGUUCUUGUUCUGGGCAAAUAUCUCUGGAUUUGUCAUCGUUGUUCCACUCUUAUACAUUCCUGUUAUAAAUAGGAAGGUUUUCCGUCAUACAGGCAUAACGUGGGAAUGGGGAAUCGUUCUGGUAGGUACGGUCUUGUUCUUCGCUGGGGCAGAAACAUGGAAGCUGGCGAAGAGGGUGUAUUUCAGGCGGAAGGCGCGUUUAGUUCUUGGGGUUGGUAAACAAAAACCUGACAUUGAGAGCAGUAUGUCAGUAUACCGAGAGAAGUAG